AUGGCUCAGCAGGGAGUUCUGCUGGACCAGGACCAGUUCUGUUGUUCUGUCUGUCUGGAACUACUGAAGGAGCCGGUCACUACUGCCUGUGGACACAGUUACUGUAGAAGCUGUAUUGAGGGCUGCUGGGAUCAGGAUGUUCUGAAAGGGGUCUAUAGCUGUCCUCAGUGCAGAGAGACCUUCACUCCAAGGCCUAAUCUGAGGAAAAAUAACAUGUUGGCUGAGUUGGUGGAGAAACUGAAGAAGACAGGACUCCAGGCUGCUCCCCCUCCUGCUCUGUGCUAUGCUGGACCUGGAGAUGUGGCGUGUGAUUUCUGCACUGGGACCAGAAAGCAGAAAGCCCUCAUGUCCUGUCUGGUGUGUCUGGCCUCUUACUGUGAGACUCACCUCCAACCUCACUAUGAAUUUCCUGGUUUCAAGAAGCACAAGCUGGUCAAAGCCACCGCACAACUACAGGAGAAGAUCUGCUCUGAUCAUGACAAACUGCUGGAGGUUUACUGUCGUACCGAUCAGCAGUGUAUCUGUUAUCUGUGUACAAUGGAUGAACAUAAAGGCCAUGAUACAGUGUCAGCUGCAGCAGAGAGGACUGAGAAACAGAGGCAGCUGGGGAUGAGUCAGCAGAAGGUCCAGCAGAGAUUCCAGGAGAGAGAGAAGGACCUGAAGGAGCUCCAACAGGCUGUGGAGUCUCUCAAGCGCUCUGCACAGGCAGCAGUGGAGGACAGUGAUAAGAUCUUUACUGAGCUGAUCCGCUCCAUUGAGAGAAGGCGCUCUGAGGUGAAGGAGCUGAUCAGAGCCCAAGAGAAGGCUCAAGUGAGUCAAGCUGAAGGACUCCUGGAGCAACUGGAGCAGGAGAUAGCUGAGCUGAGGAAGAGAAGCACUGAGCUGGAGCAGCUCUCACACACAGAGGAUCACAUCCAUUUCCUCCAGAGUUAUCAGUCUCUCUCCGGUACCAGUGUAUCUUCAGUCUUACCCAGCAUCGUUGUCCGUCCUCUUCAGUACUUUGGAGAUGUGAGUAAGACUGUGUCUGAACUGAGAGAGAAACUAGAAGACAUCCUUAAAGGAGAAUGGACCAAGAUCUCCUCUACAGUGAAUAUAGUGGAUGUUGUACUGCCUCCAGAGCCCAAGACCAGAGAACAGUUCUUACAAUAUUCCUGUCAGCUCACACUGGACCCAAACACAGCACACACACCUCUCUCUGUCUGAAGGGAACAGAAAGGUGACCGAUACAGACCAAGAACAACCAUAUCCUGAUCAUCCAGACAGAUUCACAAACCACUACCAGGUUCUGUGUAGAGAGGGUCUG